UGGCGUACAUCAAUGUUUGCUCAACCUACCUACGAUAAUAAAAAAAAAUCGGGCGCUGCAUGCGUUCCUCUUUUGUAAGACUAUUGUACUACAGUACUACUAGUCAGGCUGUCUUGCUUGAGAUCGUUUUACUGUACUACUAGUACUAGGCCUAAGCAUAGCUUUAGACUGGCUGAUAAAAUGAGUAUGAAGUAUCCACAACCUCGACGAAAUGAGGGAUCAAUUGACGAGUAUCAUGGAACAAAAAUUUGCGAUCCGUAUGUAUGGAUGGAGGAUCCAGAUUCAGAGGAAACCAAGGCUUUUGUUAAAGCUCAAAAUGACAUAACUUUACCAUACCUUGAAAAAUGCAAAUAUCAUCAAAAUUUAAAUGAAAGGUUAACUGAGAUGUGGGAUUUUGCAAAGUACACUUGUCCCUUCAAGAGGGGUUCUCGUUACUUCUACUUUAUGAACACUGGCCUCCAGAAUCAAAGUGUAAUGUAUGUUCAGGACUCGAUCACCGCUGAAGCAAAAGUGUUCCUUGAUCCGAAUAAACUUUCCGAAGGUGGAACAAUGGCAAUAAGCGGCUACGCUUUCAGUGAGGAUGGUGAAUACUUUGCAUAUGGGCUGAGCGCCAGUGGAUCAGAUUGGGUCACUAUCAAGUUCAUGAAAGUUUCUGAGAUCAAGGACCUUCCUGAUGUAUUGGAACGUGUAAAGUUCAGUUGUAUGUCUUGGACCCAUGAUGGGAAAGGACUCUUCUAUAAUUGCUAUCCUCUUCAAGAAGGUAAAUCAGAUGGAACGGAAACUACAUCAAACAUCCACCAGAAGCUUAAGUACCAUGUACUGGGCACACCACAGUCAGAAGACAUUCUGUGUGCUGAAUUCCCUGAAAACCCGAAGUGGAUGGGGGGAGCUGAAGUGAGCGAUGACGGCCUUUAUGUUGUCCUGUCUAUCAGUGAAGGAUGUGACCCAGUUAAUAGACUUUAUUAUUGUGAUCUAAAUAAACUUGAAUUCAAAAUUGAAGGUCUGUUACCAUGGGUAAAGCUAGUGGAUACUUUUGAAGCAGAGUAUGAAUAUAUAAGUAAUGUUGAAAGUACAUUCACCUUCAAAACCAAUCUGAAUGCACCUCGAUAUAAACUCAUCAAUAUUGAUGUACAAAAUCCUGACAAGGUUAAUUGGAAAGACCUUGUAGCAGAGUCUUCCAUUGAUGUACUAGAAUGGGCCUCCUGCGUAUAUAGCGACAAGAUGGUUCUUGGAUAUUUACAUGAUGUGAAGAGUGUAUUACAACUACAUUCCUUAAAAAAUGGAGAAUUUUUAAUGAGAUUCCCUCUUGAUGUAGGUUCUGUUACUGGAUUUUCUGGCAGGAAGAAAGACACAGAGAUCUUCUACCAGUUUACAUCUUUCUUAACUUCUGGUAUUAUAUACCACUGUGACCUAACCAAGGAUGAGCUGGAUCCAGUGGUGUUCAGGGAGAUAAGUGUGAAAGGGUUUGACCCAGCGCUAUACCAAACCUCACAAGUGUUCUACUCCAGCAAAGACUCUACUAAGGUCCCAAUGUUCAUUGUUCAUAAAAAGGGUAUCGAACUGGAUGGAACGCACCCUGUAUGGUUGUAUGGCUACGGCGGAUUCAACAUCUCAAUCACUCCUGGCUUUAGCGUCUCCAGACUUGUCUUCAUCCGGUCAUUUGGUGGCAUCUUGGCUAUACCAAAUAUUCGUGGUGGAGGAGAGUAUGGUGAAAAUUGGCACAAGGGAGGUUGUCUUGGUAAUAAACAGAACUGCUUUGAUGACUUCCAGUAUGCUGCUAGAUUUCUUAUAGAAAACAAAUACACUUCUGCUGCAAAGAUAACCAUUAAUGGAGGAUCAAAUGGUGGACUUCUUGUAGCAGCCUGUGCCAACCAACAACCAAACUUGUUUGGGUGUGUUGUGGCUCAAGUAGGAGUUCUAGACAUGUUGAAGUUUCACAAAUUCACAAUUGGACAUGCAUGGACCACAGACUUUGGUUGCUCAGAUAAAAAGGAUGAGUUUGACUGGCUUAUAAAGUACUCUCCUUUGCACAACAUCCGUGAACCUGAAAAUGAUGAUGUACAGUACCCAAGUAUGCUGCUAUUAACAGCUGACCAUGAUGACCGUGUCUCACCUCUGCAUUCUUUAAAGUUUAUAGCCGAGUUACAAGAGACGAUGAGAAAUGUCAAAAAGCAGACCAAGCCACUGCUUAUCCGAAUAGACACAGAGGCUGGCCAUGGGGCUGGUAAACCUACAGCUAAAAUCAUUCAAGAGUAUGCUGACAUUUUGUCAUUUGUAGCUGAGAACCUUGGCCUAGAAUGGAGUAAUUGAAUAAUGAAAAACUUGACUUUGUAGCCUCUUAGUGUUUAUAAACCUUUUUUCGUAAACUUAUUUGUAUAAUGGUAUAUGAAUGGACUUUCCUAGAGUGCCAAACUUCCGACCAAUCAGAACAGAGCCAGGAAUAUGCAUGUGUCCAAAAAAACAACGUUUGUUCCACAAAUGUUUAUGUAUGCAUAAAUUGUGUAAAAAAACUUUGGCCGUCUUCUGAUUGUUGGAAGCAGUCUGAACAGAUUGUCAUUAAAAACGUUCUAGUGGCAUUCUCCAUGUAAUCGCAUCGUCUGACCGUCGGCCGACCGUCAUGUGCUGUGAGUAGCAACAAGUUCCAAGGGGCGGGCUUCGCGAAAAAGUCCAUUCAUACUAAAUAUUGCUAAUAAAGAAUUGGUAAAGCUAGAAUAUGUUAAAUGACAUAAUAAUAGCUCUACAAUUAUGACUGAGACAGAUUUGUGUAAUUGUGCCCAUAUGUGGGCAUGAUGAUGUCAUAUUAUACCCAAAUAUGGGCAUAUCACAUUUAUUGGUCACAUAAAAUGUGGAAGUUUGAACAGAGCUUAUAAUGGAUAAUUGAUUUUAAUCAAUGUAAUACUGAAAUAUGGGGUGAGGGUGGAACAUAAUGUUAAAUGUUUUUUGUUUGGUUUUUGAUAUUCUUGUGUUCAUGAUGGAAAAAAUAAAUGGAAUGACGCACAAGUCAAA